UUCCUGUGUACACGUGUUCAUCACGGGUUAGUUACACAAGUAUUUGUAUACAUUCUGUGAUGGUGGUUCAAGAUUAUUAGCUUUGAGUCCAGAUAAAUAGCUAAACUCAAGCUCGGUUACUUUAGGGACACGUUUGCAGACAAUCGUCCGGUUUUCGCUAGCAUCUGUGUUCGCUACUUAUGAGAGCUAGCUAGCUGUAGCUAACAACAUUAGCUAGCUAACGUUAGCAACGUACAGUAGUGGGACUUGGAAGCCAGCUACCGAGUGCAACGUUUCCUCUAUUUUCGUGCUUUGUUUUUCAAAUGCGUUUUUUUAUACAAGAACAUAAACAACUGCACUGAAGACUGCAAUGUCGUCUGGAGGCCAUCAAUGUAACGUUAGGUGUUGUUCCCACCAACUUGCGUCCCCCAGUGCGCACCAAACAUUGGAUGAAAUGGACUUUGAAAGAGGUAUUUGGUCUGCUGCAAUGGAUGGAGACUUGGAGAGGGUCAAAUCACUCCUCAAGAAGGGUACAGACCCUAACCUAAGAGACUCAGCCAAUUACACUGCUCUGCACUAUGCCAGCCGCAGUGGGCAUAAGUCUGUAUGUAAGUUCCUUCUGGAGAGCGGGGCAUGUGCCAACCCUCAGACGCCAGGUGGGGCCACGCCUCUUCACCGAUCUGCCUACUGUGGACAGCUGGACGUGGUCCAGCUGUUGCUUCACCAUGGGGCAGAUCCCCAGCUAUGUGAUGGUGAUGGAUCCUCCCCUUUACAUAAGGCUGCAGAGCAGAGCCAUGAAGAUGUCUGCAGACUCCUUCUCCAGUGCUGUCCCUCCCUCCGGAGCCACACAAACAAGAAGUCCCAGGUACCUUACCAGCUAGCACCAGAUGGACAUCUGAAGGAGCUCCUGGAACCCCCACAAUAACACAGGGACACCCAGCUUAACCAAAGUCAACACAACACAUUACUUAUCAGGUUAACUAGAAGAUUAUCUGUGAGGCAGUCACUUGUGUUCAGCUGUUUUGUGUUUGUUUUCUUAAGGUCCACACCUAAACUGGCUGGUAAGGGAUUGAUUUUAUCUGGUGCAGUUCUUUCUCAACCAGCAGGGGGAGCAAGUCUACCAGCAAUUGGUUUACUUUGUCAACUAGCUGUUUCUGCAUGUUCACACUCACAAAAUUCCAUGGCAUGCUGAUCCUGACAUCCUGGCCCUGAAUUUGCUAGGUCUGGAUGGCCCUUGGAUAACUGCAGUAGCAUGCGCCUGUUUGUCUGUACUAGCUGCUUUGAGCCAUAGAGCAAGUGCACGUCUGUGAAAAAGAUGUACUGAAAAACUGAUUAUGUGGUAAAAAAUGAAUCUGGCAGUAGUUUGCUUCUUGUUCUACUGUUUUUUCAUAGAACGUGAAACUGAAGAGGCUUUCCAUAUGGUGGGAGGGUAUUCCAUAUGGUGUGAGACUGAAAUGUGUAUGAGUGUGUUGUGGGGAGGAAGUAAUUCUGCAGUUUAUGGAUUUUCCUUGGACAAAGGAAAUAGCGCCAGCCUCAACAAAAAUAGGAUUAAUCAAGCAAAUGAGUUAGCUUUAGUUUGACCACAUACAUUAUUUAUAUUAUGAAAAAUCUCUCAUUUUGUCUGAUCAGUUAUGAUGGAUAAGACUUGUAUAAUGUCUAAAUGAAUGGAUUUAUGUUUGUUUAUGGACACGAGAGGGAAAAAUUCCAUCUUAUAUGUCUGGACUUGGCAGUAGCUACUUGGCCAACAUCCUUGCCUUUCAAUAAUUAGGUAAAUAUAUAGUUUGAAGUUAAACUUUUUGCUCUCUCUCUCUCUCUAGCAUUCAUUAAACUGAAUAAAACACUCGUUAUAUUAUUAAAAUCUUUACUACACAUUUCACUGCACCUAUCCAGUGUAUGUGACAAUAAAACGUAUAUACACUACAGUUAGAAAUGUCCUUUAAAAAAAAAUUUUUGUCUACUUUUUUUGGGGGGUCCAUUAAAAUAAACAUCAAAUUGGUCAGAAACACAGUGUAGACAUUAAUGUUGUAGAUUACUAUUGUUGCUGGAAAAGGCUGAUUUUUUUAUGGAAUAUCUACAUUGGUGUACAGAUGCCCAUUAUCAGCAACCAUCACUCCUGUGUUCCAAUGGCACGUUGUGUUAGCUAAUCCAAGUUUAUCAUUUUAAAAGGCUAAUUGAUCAUUAGAAAACCCUUUUGCAAUUAUGUUAGCACACCUGAAAACUGUUGUCUGAUUGAUUAUUAAAAGCAAUAAAACUGUCCUCCUUUAGACUA